AUGCUCAGAUACUCUGACCAGAAUAUUCUCUCAACCCUUUCAUACGAUGGACCAUAUAUCCUCUCCAACGCCAAUAACGUUUCAUCUAAUCAAGAAGACCGGUUCGGAGAUUUGGUGUCGUCGACCCUGAGCCAAGCUGCUUUUGAAGCGGCAAGCAAUUCUAGGAAAUUCUCUGUGAUAAAGGCCCAUUGGACUCCGCUCCAGAGUAUAUACAGGCUUGUUCAGUGCACUCCUGAUCUUAGAAAACAAGAAUGCCUGAGCUGUCUGCAUCAAUCCAUCGAUGCAAUGCCUCUUUACAGAGUUGGGGGGAGACUUCUUUUUCCAAGCUGUACUUCAAGGUACGAACUUUACGCAUUCUACAACGAAACCGCCGUUGAAACACCACCAACACCGCCGACGCCGGCCUCUACUCCUCCGGUUUCAUCUCCUCCACGACCAAGGAAAGGUGGAAAUUCAUAUAUGUUAGUUGUAUCCAUCGUUGUGGCUAUUAUGGUGGCUGCUCUGUUUUUCAUAGCUGCUUAUUGUUUCCUUGCAAAGAGGACAAAGAAGGCUUCUGAUACUGCACAUACUUUUGAAGGAGACGAUAUAACAACCGUAGAGUCGCUGCAACUUGAAUAUAAAAUAAUUCAAGCUGCAACAAAUGAUUAUUCAGAGAAUAAUAAGAUUGGUCGAGGUGGAUUUGGCGAGGUUUACAAGGGUACAUUUUCGGAUGGGACUGAGGUUGCGGUUAAGAGACUGUCAAAAUCAUCAGGACAAGGUGAAGCAGAGUUCAAGAACGAGGUUGUUGUUGUUGCAAAGCUUCAGCAUAGAAAUCUUGUUAGGCUUCUUGGAUUUUCACUAGAAGGAGAAGAAAGGGUAUUGGUGUACGAGUAUGUUCCCAACAAAAGCCUUGAUUACUUCCUCUCCGACCAUGCAAAGCAAGGUCAAUUGGACUGGACUCAACGAUACAAAAUUAUCGGAGGAAUUGCUAGAGGGAUUCUGUAUCUUCAUCAAGAUUCACGGCUCACAAUGAUACACCGUGACCUCAAAGCAAGCAACAUUCUCCUGGAUGCAGAUAUGAAUCCGAAGAUUGCUGAUUUUGGAAUGGCAAGGAUCUUUGGGAUCGACCAAACACAGGAGAACACAAGCAAAAUUGUUGGCACCUACUUUGGAGUGUUAGUUCUUGAGAUUAUAAGCGGUCGAAAGAACAGCAGCUUCUACGUGACGGACGGCGCACAUGACUUGGUGACACAUGCUUGGAGGCUUUGGAGUAAUGGAACAGCGUUAGACCUUGUGGAUCCAAUUAUUGUAGAAAACUGCCAAAAGAGUGAAGUGGUUCGAUGCAUCCAUAUAGGCCUUUUAUGUGUUCAAGAAGAUCCUUCAGAACGUCCAACCAUGCGAACCAUUUUUAUGAUGCUCACUAGUGAUACUGUGACUUUACCAGUGGCUAGGGAACCAGGGUUUUUCCUUCAGAGUCGACCCGAGAGAGACCCCCUUGAUUCAGAUAAUUUUACUACAACCAAAUCUGUUCCAACUUCUGUUGACGAUUCAUCAAUAGAUCACUGA